AGCCACAAGGCAUAUACAUGUAUAUAUAUAUAUACACACACACACAGAGAAAAGCCUAAAAGGAGUAUUACUAGCUAGAUGAGAUUUAUGGAGGAUGAGGAAGCAGCCAAGUCAAGGUUCAGGAGGGUUUGUGUGUUUUGCGGAAGCAGUUCUGGCAAGAGGAAUUGCUACAGAGAUGCUGCUCUUGAAUUAGGCCAGGAACUGGUUGCAAGAAGGCUGGACUUAGUUUACGGUGGAGGCAGCGUCGGCUUAAUGGGAUUAGUAUCUCAGGAGGUCCAUCGUGGUGGGAGACAUGUCUUGGGAGUUAUCCCAAAGACCCUGAUGUGCAAAGAGAUAACCGGUGAAACGGUGGGGGAGGUACGACCUGUAGCAAACAUGCACCAAAGAAAAGCAGAAAUGGCCCGCCAAUCUGACUGUUUCAUUGCCCUACCAGGUGGAUAUGGAACACUGGAGGAGCUAUUGGAAGUCAUCACAUGGGCCCAGCUAGGGAUUCAUGACAAGCCUGUGGGACUGCUAAAUGUGGAGGGCUACUACAACAACCUACUAACCUUCAUAGACAAGGCUGUUGAAGAUGGUUUCAUCAAACCUUCGCAGCGCCACAUUAUUGUCUCUGCCCCAAACGCUAAGGAGCUUGUUCAAAAACUCGAGGAGUACGUGCCCGUACAUGAUGAAGUGGUGGCCAAGGCACGGUGGGAGGUUGAACAGGUGGAGCUCAACGCAUCUUUGCAGUCUGAAUUGGCUCGUUAGCUAGCUGUGGCUACAAAAGACAAAAAUUACUUGUCUGGCAUUUUUUAGCUUCGAUCUCUUUCUUUCAUGGGUUUCUUUUUUUGUGUUUUUUUUUUUGCCCCCUGAAAAUAUCUGUAACUAAGCUACUAGGGCUCAAUCUACGUUUGCUCCUCCUGAAAAUUGUAUUUAUUGCUUAGGGGCUACAACAAGGAAGAAUUGGUACAAAGAAGAGGAGAAACCUAGGUUGUGAUUUAGGUUGUUUGCUGUUUCUUUGCGGAAAGAAAGAGGAAAAAAAAGAAAAGAAAAGAAAUCUCAUCUUCUUUCCUA